AUGGAGGAUACAAGCAACUCCAAUAAGAGGAAAGGAGAUGGCGAGCAGCUGCAGGGAAGAACGAGCGGUUGCAAGAGGCAGAAUGUGAGCACGGUGAUGGAGAUAUUCGACUGCACCGUCUGCUCCAAGCCCCUCAGGCCUCCCAUUUUCCAGUGUUCCAAGGGAAACUCCAUCUGCGGGGAUUGCCAGGAGAGGCUUCCGUUAUUAGAAGGGAUCGGCGUCCAGCGCAGCUACAUCAUGGAGCGUGUCGUCGACAACAUCUUCGUUUCCUGCAAGCACGGAUGCUCCACGACAAUCGCUUACUACCAGAAGGAAAAGCAUGAGAGGCAGUGCCCUUGCGGCCCGUGCUUGUGCCCGGUCUCCGGCUGUGGCUUCGUCGCGUCAACCACGGUGCUCCUGGACCAUCUUGCCACUGUGCACACGUUGCCAACAACACCGAUGGAGUUAUUCCAGCCUUUCCAAGUCCCGGUGCAGCCGGGCUCCCGAGUUCUCAAAACCAAAUACAACCGCCUCUUCCUGCUCAAGAUGGAGGCGCUGGAGUCCUACGGCCAUGGCGUCUCACUCGUCUGCGUGCAGCCAGAAACUCCGGGAGGAAAUGUCCGAAUCACCGUGGGUUUCUCGUGCGCACCAGGACAUAAUCAGGAGUCAAAGUGGGAAAUGGGGCCCGAUGGGGUACCAACGGAAUGCUUGUGUAUCGUGCCUCGUAAAGAAACCGAUAUCGUGGCCACCAUCACAAUAGAGAGGGAGGACUAUGACGAAGACUAA